AUGGAGGAGCCCAACAAUUCUCGUCCACCACCCAUGCCACCGCUACCCAAGUCCUUCUCGACUGAUAAACUGCAUACCACCUCACACUUACACCCUGAUCGCGCGAUUCCCAUGCCAUCAUUGGCUUCUGCCGAAAAGUACCAGACUCUGCCCAGUCUCACUCUACCCCGGAAGAAAGACGAGCUAUGGAGUGUUUUCAGAUCGCUCGAUGGCGACUACACCAAGUUCCAAUCAAAAUCGAGCACUAUGAAAGCGAACGUGGUGAGAUCCUCGCUACUACCAUUCCUCCGAAACUACGCCGAUCAUUCGUCCAAUCUUGCAUUGCGAGCAGAAGAUCUGGACCGACGUACCAACAUCCUAAACAAGUGGUGGACCGGCCUUCUCGAUAUGCUCCAUGGAAGAAACAAUCAGUCCAUUUCUGGCACAGACCGACCAGCCAUUUUGGACGGCAUAUCAGGCAUAAUGGAUCGUCAGGAAUGGCGUCUCUCUCCCUCUCCAUUCUGUCCCCUCGAUCGAAGGACUGCCGUCGUACCUUUGAGAAACAAGUCCACUACUUCUCUGUCCUCGACUGGGAUAGACUUUUUGACCGAAUCUGUUCACCACAACGUACGAAACAUGUUUGUUCAGAACCUCAACUCACAGAUGGCCUUUGUGGUUGACAGAAUGUCGCUCAAAAACGCAUCUGCUAGUCUGGUGACUUUCUGUGGAAAAGCGACCGCAUAUGCUUUCUUCUUCUGUCCAGGAAUCGCCGAGGUGCUCGUGCGCUUAUGGGAUGCGCCAACAGAAGUCAUGAGGAGGGUUCUCACUGAAAGCGGUGUAAGCAAAUUCGAUAAUCUUGCCGACACUGCUGCGAGGAUCAACCCAUCCUUUCCUCCUUCCAUGCAAUCUUUGGGUUUCGUCUCCUUGGGAAAGAUGCUCAGACACCUUAGAACGCAGACUCCUUUGCCGCUUGGAACAGCAAAUAUCCAGUGGUAUGGAUAUUGGCUCGAGCGCUGGUCUGGUCGCGAAAGUGAUCUCUUCUUCGCUUUCGUGAAGCACUUCCAUAUCCUGGUUGCCGACUACCUACCAUCGGACGCCACCAGGAAAGAAAAAAUCUGUGUCCCAGGUUUACUUUUUGUGCACUCCCAGAUCUUGGUCAACCUCGAUUCUACCAUUCACCGUGAUGCAGGUCAUUUGCACGGUGAUCCAUCAACCAACAUUUCUCCCACAUUUGACGACGUUCUGGUUGACCCAGACGCAGUUGCGUCGACUUUACCCUUACCACCUACUAAUGCUAUCCGAAUAAUGGCGGAAAACCGCCUAAUAAUGCUAAUUCGAGAUUUUCUAUCCGAGAGAGCCUUGGAACAUCCUUUUGCUCGACAACUUUUUGCAGAAUCAUUUGCUUGUCUGCUUCAGGCAGGUGCACGCGGCAUCUCUGCUUACAACCAUCUCGCCUGCUACACUCUUUGUGACUUCUUGGAAGAGGCGUUCCCAAUCAUUGUCCGAUACGAGCAGACGCAUCUCUCGCAAUCGUGCCUCAUCGAUACAGAUUUCUGGAUAGACGUGUGCAAGAGAAUGGUAUUCAGUCAAAACACAAUGACCGAAAUCAGACUGUUCGCCUUUCUAUUCACAAUCUGGAGCACGGUCAACAGCAGUCCAGACCGUAAGACGAAGAUCUGCAUCGAUCUUCUGCUCGAUCAAGAGGUCUUUGAGAAGACCUUCAAUCACUGGUGUCCUAUGGUUCGCGCUUACUACAUGCGUUUACUCUGCUGGCGCCUCGGUCGUUAUGACGGGGAAGGAUCUUCAGGCGAUAAGUUGAUCUUCGAGACACUGUUGCAGCGUCUCCAGAUAAUCUGGUCACACUUUUUGUGGCAAAGACAACAAGCUGCUCAAGGAAGGAUGCUACCCCCCUCAACGACCCCUUGCAAUCCUGCGCCUGGCAGACGUCUGUUGAUCAUUCGCACUGAUACUCAGGUUGCAUCAGGCGGCUCCUUCCUAGCCUUUGACGGCAUCGUACCACAUCAUCCAUCGGCCUCGGUAGGAACACCCAGCCAGGCUUGGAAGAGAGAUUCGGUAAUAUCACAGGCGGCUUCAUUGGACGUCCGUCCCAGUUCAUCAGCGUCUUCUGAUUUUGGCAUGGAACUCGAGCGUCCUGAGAGUGGACUUCGCGGCUUUGUCCGCAGCAUCUUUGGAGGCAAGAGCCGGUCGAAGGCAGCAUCUGUCUCGACGGUCAAGACUCCUUCCUCGUCCGCUUUCUCGCCAUCUGCGCCAGAAUCGACAUCACCUCAGGCAACACCUCAUGUCAGCCGGGGUCCCUCGCCCAUCAGGCAUCGAAACUUUUCCUUCAAGUUUUCCCUCGAGCUACACCCCAAAGCACACCACCCUACCGCCAUGCGCCUUGCACCACCCAGACUGCCCUUGGCCGCGCACCUCUACCUCCAGCAAGAUGGCUGCGACGAGCUGAUUAUCCAAGCCGCCGAGCCCGUAGGCGAGUUCAAAGCUCAGUCAACGUACUCUGGCAGAGCUUUGGCGGAAUGGAUGUGCAUUCUCAUGGAGUGCCAAGGCUUCUUUGAGCGCAGAAAGGGCGAGGGAGUCCCGACCAACAAGCACGUCGAGACACCAACCUUGGGUGUCGAGGUCUUUGGCAAGGGAAGAUGA